CGCCGCGAGCCGCGGGUGUCGGGGCGGCGCUGUGAUGGCGGCCGCGGGGCGCCGGGGGGGCUGCGCCGCUCCUGUGUCGGCAUCGGGCCCCCGUGCCGUGGGGGGCAGCCGUGGACGUCGGUCGGUCUGAGGCGACGGCAGUGACGGCGGAGGGCGCGGCGCUGCCCGGGGAGCCCCGACCCGCGGCGCCGGGGAUGUUGCGGUGGGUCCGGCAGCAGCUGGGUUUUGACCCUCCGCAUCAAAGCGAUACACGAACUAUUUAUAUAGCAAAUCGUUUUCCCCAGCAUGGCCAUUAUAUUCCUCAGAAGUUUGCAGACAACAGAAUCAUAUCAUCCAAGUAUACAGUGUGGAAUUUUGUUCCAAAAAACUUAUUUGAACAGUUCAGAAGAAUAGCCAACUUUUAUUUUCUGAUAAUAUUUUUGGUUCAGCUCAUGAUAGAUACCCCUACCAGUCCUAUUACCAGUGGAUUGCCAUUAUUCUUUGUCAUAACUGUGACAGCCAUAAAGCAGGGUUAUGAAGACUGGCUACGACAUAAAGCAGACAACGAAGUAAACGGUGCUCCAGUUUAUGUUGUCCGAAGUGGUGGCCUUGUGAAAACUAGAUCUAAAAACAUUCGGGUGGGAGACAUUGUCAGAGUAGCCAAAGAUGAGACUUUUCCUGUUGAUCUGGUGCUUUUAUCUUCUGAUCGAGUGGAUGGUUCAUGCCAUGUUACUACUGCAAGUUUGGAUGGUGAAACUAAUCUUAAGACACAUGUUGCGGUCCCGGAAACAGCAGUGUUACAGUCUGUUGCCAACCUGGACAAACUUGUAGCUGUCAUAGAAUGCCAGCAGCCAGAGGCAGACCUAUACAGAUUUGUUGGAAGAAUAACUAUAAGCCAGCAAAUGGAGGAAAUAGUACGACCUCUGGGGCCCGAAAGUCUCUUACUUCGUGGAGCAAGAUUAAAAAACACUAAAGAAAUAUUUGGUGUUGCAGUGUAUACAGGUAUGGAGACAAAGAUGGCAUUAAAUUACAAGAGUAAAUCUCAGAAACGGUCAGCAGUAGAAAAGUCUAUGAAUUCCUUUUUGAUUAUUUAUCUAAUAAUCCUCCUCUUUGAAGCCAUUUUGAGUACUAUUUUAAAGUAUGCCUGGCAAGCUGAAGAAAAAUGGGAUGAGCCUUGGUAUAAUGGAAAAACAGAACACGAAAGGAACAGCAGCAAGAUUCUGAGAUUUAUUUCAGAUUUCCUGGCUUUUCUGGUACUUUACAAUUUUAUUAUACCCAUUUCACUGUAUGUAACUGUUGAGAUGCAGAAAUUUCUUGGAUCGUUUUUUAUUGGCUGGGAUCUUGACCUCUAUCAUGAAGAGACAAAUCAGAGAGCGCAAGUAAAUACUUCAGACCUCAAUGAGGAACUGGGACAGGUAGAGUAUGUGUUUACAGACAAAACUGGCACAUUAACUGAAAAUGAGAUGCAGUUUCGGGAGUGCUCCAUUAAUGGCGUAAAGUACCAGGAGGUCAAUGGUAAACUGACUCCAGAGGGGUUUUCUGAAGAUUCUCCAGAUGGAAACAGGCAUACUCUGAUGAAAGAGGAAGAACUCUUCUUGAAAGCAGUUUGUCUUUGUCAUACAGUACAGAUCAGUGCAGAUCAAACAGAUGGCGCUGAUGGGCCCUGGCAUGCCAAUGGAAUAGCAUCCCCAUUGGAGUAUUAUGCUUCUUCACCAGAUGAGAAAGCUUUAGUUGAAGCUGCAAGCCGGGUUGGAGUAGUAUUUAUGGGAACUAGUGGGAACAGUAUGGAAGUAAAAAGUCUUGGAAAACCAGAAAGGUACAAGUUGCUUCAUGUUCUGGAGUUUGAUGCGAAUCGCAGACGAAUGAGCGUCAUUGUAGAGAGUCCCUCAGGGGAAAAGCUUUUAUUCACAAAGGGAGCAGAAUCUUCCAUUCUUCCUCGUAGUAAGAGUGGAGAAAUAGACAAAACAAGGAUACAUGUUGAUGAGUUUGCUUUGAAAGGACUAAGAACUUUGUGUGUGGCAUACAGAAGGUUCACACCGGAGGAAUACCAAGAAAUUGGCAAACGCCUUCACGAGGCCAGGACUGCCUUACAACAGCGGGAAGAAAAAUUAGCAGAUGUAUUCAACUUCAUAGAAAGGGAUCUGGAAUUGCUUGGGGCUACUGGAGUGGAAGACAAACUGCAGGAAAAAGUCCAGGAAACUAUAGAAGCACUCAGACUGGCUGGUAUCAAAGUGUGGGUUCUGACUGGAGAUAAGCAUGAAACAGCUGUUAGUGUCAGUUUAUCAUGUGGACACUUUCAUAGAACCAUGAACAUCCUUGAACUUGUACAGCACAAAUCAGACAGUACAUGCGCAGAGCAACUGAGGCAGCUAGCCAAGAGAAUAAAAGAAGACCAUGUUAUCCAGCAUGGAUUGGUAGUGGAUGGGACCAGCCUCUCUCUUGCACUCAGGGAACAUGAAAAACUGUUCAUGGAAGUUUGUAAAAACUGUUCUGCGGUGUUGUGUUGUCGUAUGGCACCACUUCAGAAAGCAAAGGUAGUGAGACUGUUAAAAACAUCUCCAGAAAAACCUAUAACGUUAGCAAUUGGUGAUGGUGCUAAUGAUGUGAGCAUGAUACAAGAAGCACAUGUUGGCAUAGGAAUCAUGGGCAAGGAAGGAAGACAAGCUGUAAGAAAUAGUGACUAUGCAAUAGCACGAUUUAAAUUCCUCUCCAAGUUGCUUUUUGUUCACGGGCACUUUUACUAUAUUAGAAUAGCAACCCUUGUACAGUACUUUUUUUAUAAGAAUGUGUGCUUUAUUACACCACAAUUUUUAUAUCAGUUCUUCUGUUUGUUUUCACAACAGACACUCUAUGACAGUGUAUACCUGACUUUGUAUAAUAUUUGUUUCACUUCCUUGCCUGUCCUCAUCUACAGUCUUUUUGAGCAGCAUGUGCAUCCGCAUGUAUUGCAGAGUAAACCUGUGCUCUAUCGAGACAUCAGUAAAAAUGCUCAUCUUGGGUAUAAACCAUUUCUUUAUUGGACCAUCUUGGGUUUCUUGCAUGCAUUUGUUUUCUUUUAUGGUUCAUAUCUUCUAAUGGGAGAAGACACUUCAUUGCUGGGAAAUGGCCAGAUAUUGAAACCUAACAGGCAAAUGAUGUUUGGAAACUGGACAUUUGGUACUUUGGUCUUCACCGUUAUGGUUAUAACCGUUACGAUGAAGAUGGCGCUAGAAACUCACUUCUGGACAUGGAUAAACCAUUUUGUUACUUGGGGUUCCAUUGUGUUUUAUUUCAUAUUCUCCUUAUUUUAUGGGGGAAUUAUCUGGCCAUUUUUACAUACCCAGGAUAUGUACUUUGUAUUUGUUCAACUGUUGUCAAGUGGUUCUGCUUGGUUUGCCAUAAUACUCAUAGUAGUUGCUUGUCUGUUUCUUGAUGUUGUGAAGAAAGUGCUGUACAGGCAUCUACAACCAACAAGUACUGAAAAAGCUCAGCUUACUGAGACAGGUUCAGGUAUCAACUGCAUGGACUCCAUGUGCUGCUUCUCAGAUGGGGAAACAGCAUGCACAUCUGUUAGAAGAAUGCUGGAACGACUGAUGGGAAGAUGUAGUCCAACCCGGGUCAACAGGUGUGGAAUUUCUCUCAAUAGCCUUUGCUGCAGACGAUUCUCCUAUAAACUGGAACCUGAUGAGCCUGCAGCUGUAGAUGCGUAGCAAACUGGCUGCAGGUUUUCUUUAAGUAGGAAAUGCAACAUUUUAUUGUACUUUAUUCAUCCUAAGAGAUAAGUUUCUUGCUUCUCUUUGAGUGUUUUCUUUUGGGAUCGGGAGGGGGAAAAACGGUUCUCAAAGUUAAACUGUUUAGUUUGACCUUAGUACAAGUUCUUGAGUUGUACCUGUCUUAAUUUCUCCUGAUUUUUGUACGUUCUUCUCCUUAGAUAAUCGAGCCUUCCUGCUGCUUUUGUUCUCCUGUUUUAUGAUUUCUUUUAUUUUUUUGCCUUCACGAAUCAGGAGUUGUUUGUAAAGUCAAAAGACUUUUCCCCGCGGUUCUUGAUGUACAACCUCCAAAUAUUGACCUUGGAGCUUGCGAUACUCCUGAAGAUAUUCUAAAGGCUCACACCCCCCCCUCCUUAAGUAUAACUUUAUUGUUAGAAGGAGAGUCUUUAAAUCUUUCAGCCAUUGAUUGAUAUGGAGAUUAAAUAUUUUUGUAGUCUAACUUUUAUAUUCUAUUUCUAAAAUCGGUCACUGAUGGAACAGAGCCGUCAGGUUCUAAGAAUUUUAAAUGUGUUUUUUUCAGUUCUAGAAGGUAUAUUGUCAUGUGUGCCAUUCCAAAGUAUGUGCUAAACAAAUCUCUUCCUUCACGAGCCAUGUGUGAAACAAACCUCAGUGGCAUAGAAGCAUUUUAGAGUAAUUGGAUACUUGUGAGGAACGGCACUGCUCUUGCAGUAGGAAAAAAGCUCUUAGUGAACCUGCUCGUGUGCCAUCUCCCCACUUGGAAAUAGGGAGGUCUGUCUCAUAAAUGCGGAAAUAUUUGGGGGUAGAAAUAAUUACAGUCUCUUGUACAUCGUAUUCUCUCAAUGCCUGAAUGAUAUCACAGUCCUUCAUUAAGUAAAAGGUAAACCUGGAAGAGCUGCUCUUCGUUGUGUUUUCAAGGAAACUUACUUUGUGUUUGAUUUUGUCACUUUAAUCUAAAGGUCGUGGUAUCAUUCAUUCAAUGUGGGCAGCUUUCGCUGAUGAGCUUUGUCAGUUCUGAUCUUGGUGUUGUUACAUAGUUACGUCCCUGUUUGGAACGCCUGUGCUGAGCACUCUCUGAUUUCAGUUGGUUUCUCAUCUGAUUGGCUCACAAAAUUUAUUCAACGUUUCCACACAUCCAAGGAAUGAUUAUGCAGCCUUUCAUUCCGUAUGAAAAAUGAACUGUUACGAAUAAAUACACAUUAAAUUAAAAUGUGCUGUAUAGAAGGCGAGCAUGAUGUAUAAAAUAAACCAUUUAAUAGAAUUUUUAAUGUACAAGAUGAGCAUUUAAUUGAUCUGAAAAUCAACGUUUUAAUGGUAAUUGCUUUAAGCUCUUGGUUUGUUUGGGUUUGUUUUUCUUUUUUCCGUUGCUUUGUAAAACUGUGCUUUCCAAAUGAGGAAUUGCUGCUUUUUACAAUUCACUGUUAUCUAAUCAGAAGCAACUUUUUUGGUUAAUGUUUCCUUUGAAAGAACUUGUGUAGUUUCACCAGGUAGGUAUUCUGUUGUUUUCUGCAGUGCAUCCCCAUCUUUACAAUCUUCCUCUUGUUCCACUCAGUAUAUACUGAUUUUCUUUAAGAACUUGCUUUAAAGUAUUUAUUGACUAUAAAUCAUAUUUGACAGAAUAUCCAUCAGUUUUUGAAGUCAGCUGUUUUCUCAGGUUUCUUGUCUGUUUGCCUCAUCAUUUUCAAGUGAAGUUCCAUUUAUCUCAGUGAUUUCAGAAUGUUUAAUGUUAACGUAGGACAGUCCUGGUGCUGCACCAAGGGCCUGAAGCUCCAGCUUCAGCUUCUGCCUGUGGUUGAAAUUACUCAGAACUACUUUGUAGUUUCCCUUAAUUUUCUGAACAGGAGAACUGGAAAGAACACUCCUUAAAAUUUUAUUCUCACUUGUUUUGGUGACUUCAUUGCCAUCCAUACCACAUUAUUACCUAAAAGCUGGUCUAAAAGUCAAGGUGUUUAUGUUCUUCCCUUACAUUUGCCUUAUAGUAAAGUAAUCAUCAUUGUUUAAUUAUGCUGCCAUCACAUUCAGCAGUGCUGAAUGGAGUGCUUAGCAAAGCUGUUUGGCAAUUGAAAAGUGUUUGUAAAACUUGGUGCUAGGCCACCUUCAUUGCACUGAGGAGCUGAUGUUUUCAGGGGAUCAUGCGAUCCCAGGUAGGACAGCACACGUGGUUCAUAAAGCCAGGAGGCAGCUGCAGAUUGGCUGUAAGCGUGCUGUGCAAUGGAGAGCAGUGUUUAAAAUCAUGUUGUACUUUAUGCUCAUUAUAAUCUGUCAAGUACGAUAUUCUGUCAAGUAUGAUAACGUGAAAUCAAAUACGGUAUCAGAUUUUCAUAGAGACUUUGAAUCAAAGUUGUACAAAUGCUUGGAGUCGAGGGCUACAGGAAUACAGAACUUACUGCUUGUGAAAUGCAUUCAAGAAGUAUUUUCUAUAGCUUCAUUCACCGGUUAGAAUACAAAACGUGUGCCAUGGUAUUAUAAAAUGCAUCUUUGUCUGUCUGUCCCAUUAAGUUGUCUGUCAGUCUGUCAGUCACUCAGACAUUAGGAAUUCUGGAUCGCAUCACAUUCUUGUUCAGUCGGAUUCAUUGUGUUGUUGGCUCUCCCAUGAGUGGUACCUGUGUCAAAGCACUGCAUGUAGAAGUUCUGAAGAAACAGCAGAUUUCUGACAGAGACACAUUUGGAGGAUAAGUUUAUUAUAUUUGGAUCCCCUGCCUUCCAGUCUUUUGUUUUUCAGCUCUUCACAUACAGUCCUAUUAUGCUGUUCAGUGGAGAACCGUGGUUGCUCUGUAGUAGCAGCAGUGAUCUGUCCUUAGGAGAGAGGUGCUGGGAGCUCAUAUCUGAAUCAGAAGUCACGUUAGCUUUUCAAUGCCUGAAAUUUAACAGUAAGAGCUGAAAUAACCUCACGGCUGUAGGUAAGGUUUUGCCUUUAGGUUGUGUUUCACACCAGUGCACCCAUGGACUGGCACACUGUGGCUGGCCGCGCGUACCGCAAGGCUGUACUUGAAUGUCCUCAGGUAGUUGAACUUGGUGCCUCAGCUUAGGUAUGCAACAUUUGUUUUCUUUUUCUGAGGCACAGUACUAAGAAUGUAGUUGUCAGGCUGGCCCAGAGGCCUCUGGUCAUUUCAGCUCAAAGCAACGAAAAUAUCUGAUCAACUUUACAUUUUAAGAGUUGUUAAUUACGUAGUUGGAUUUACUAAUUGCCAUAUACAUUCAAAGGUUAAAAUGAAAAGCAGAUGUUUACACGAAACUAAUAGAUCAGUCUUUUUAAAGGGUUAAAUGAGCCUAAUCUCGUAACAUUUUUAUCUUUGCUUUCGUAGACUUUUCUCCUCACCUUUAGCUUGUGAGUUCCCAGUCAGCCAAACUUUUCUUUUAUUGUUACUUUAGAUCAUGGAGUUCAUCGGAUCCCUUCUAUGCCAACGACAGAAGCAUCUUGACUCUCUCCACAAUGGACUCACCCACUUGUUAACAGGGACAUUUGUAAAUGCCUUGUGGAAGCCAAAUGGUGCUCAGGUACCUAUAGUAGGUUCUGAAGCGAGUUCAGUGCUCCAUCCCUGCCCUAGACAGGACUGGUGCGACUUAAAGGCAAACUGCUUGUCCUGUAGCCAAGCAUAAUGGUCACCUGGACUGUAUUUGCUUCCAAUAUUUUUUUUAAUGAUAUCCACAAGUUGCUAAGUUCAUUUUUUUUGGGUAAGAAAUGCUUUUACCUCUCACCAUUAAAUCUUUUUUGUUACCAUAUGAGCAGACUGGAACCUUGUAUUUGAUAUUUGGGACACUGGUGCAGCACAGUGCAAGAUCUUUCUCUGCCCAAAUCCAAGCGAUCAAAUAGGAUUUGAGCAAUGAAACGUAAGUGGAACAUAAUGAAAUUACUUUGCCCUUCGCUGCGCACACACUCAGAUGGAACUGUCAUUCACAGCUGCUACCUUAGCUGUUUGCAGAUCAGUCUUAUUGUUCCCAUGGUCAGUUUCUAUAUUGUUUAAGAAGUACUCAGUAAUUUUUUAGAGCUAAACAUAAUUCAGAUAUUUAUGCUGGUGUAUGAAUGACAAUUUAUUACUCAUCACUUUGAGAAACAGUGCACGUGUUGGCCAGCCGGGUCGAGAGGGUUUAACAGGUCACUGUUUUCUUGCAGUGUGAUUCAAAGCCAGUCGUCUUCUCUAACAAAAACUGUUGUUAACCAUUCACAAACUCGACCUGGAAAAAUGGGAGAGAAAUUGUGGCUGGUGCAGGAUCUCACCAGCAUAAAUCUUUGAAUGAGGAGUCUUUCCAACGUUGGUGAACCUUUGCGUGUUUUAUUCUUUUUCAUGUACUUAUAUUCAGCCACGUUGUACGUUGAAGAUGCGCUUAAUGCUUAAUUAUCUUCAUAUAUCGGAAGGAUCUGAGAGAUUGGUGGCAGUGUUUUGAUACCUAAGUAUGCCAAUAAAAACAGAUCGCACUGAUGCAGCUUUAAAUGGUACAAAAUGCAUCUUGCAGGUCCUUUUUUUUUCCCCCCCUCUCAUCAGUUUAAAUAAAUGUGUCUUCAUGUUUGGGGACAGGUAGCAACGUUUGCCUCUUCAUUCUGCCACAUUGGCCAGUGCUAUUAAGGGGUCUUUCUGUAGAUGUGAGAGAUAAAUGGAAGUGCUGCCCACGGGGCACCUUAGAGCUUUGUCUUGGGGAGUCCUCAGGUGCAGGAUAUGCAAAAUGCUGCUGCGUUUGGACACCUGUGUGGGGAUCUGGUUUCAGUCAGUCUCUGCAGUCUGAUCACUAUUGAAAGAACCUUCCUGCUGGCCAGCAGAAGGCAAGAUGCAAUGUAUUAAAAUUCUCAGUGAAAGAAACUGAAUCAAACAGACUGUAAAUAGCUCCUGUAAAUAGCAGCUGUAAGAAAUUCUUAACUGGAGAUGCAAUUAAGCUUGAGGUUUGUGCAAAAGCAGCAGUAGCUGUAUCAGUGCACCUGUGUACGCCUGUGAGGGCUUCCAAGUUAAGUUACUUUUCUUAGAAGUUACUCAUUCUGAGCCAGCCUUUUACCUGCCAUUAAUAUCUAAGACAUGUUUUAAAAUAUCCUAACAGAUAUCUGCUGUUUUGCCGUUAUCUUUCGUGUGUGUAAGCCACCGUGUUUCACUGUUCAGAAGUGCGUGUUUGUCCAUGUCACCCACAGCACCCAGGCAGUGUUUGACUGCAAGGCCUCAUUAGCUCAUCUGUGUGUCUGGCUGCUGCACCACGUGUGGAAGUAAUAGCACUGACAGGGUUUGCUAAAGAACCCCGCUCCAAGCAUUUAGAUCGGGUCAGGCUCUGUACAGAAAUGUUUGUUGGCUUUUACCAUGCCAAUACGUUGAUUACAUGCACAGGAGACGCGCAGUCCCGUACUUGAAGAAUAAUUUACACUGAUGAUGUUUCUUUAAAACCUUCCAUCUAUCUCCUCUUGUCCCUCUCCCCCUGCUUUCCCUCUUCCCAGUGUUUGUAAGGUUACGGAAGAAACACGCAUUUAAACAGUUCAGGAAGAACUUAAGAAUCCAGCUGUCUGCCAAGGUAUAUUUUUCUAUUUGCAGUACAAUCUAAGCCCGUAAUUUAUCAUUUAUUUAGUGUAGAAUUGGUUUGCACAUGGCCAGAUUUUUGGUCUGGCAGAUGCUUACAUAGGACCAUGUGUGUUGGUAAAUAUGUCACAGGUCGUUUAGAAUCACUUUUGCUCAAAGAAGGAAGCUUUGGGGGAUUUCUUUGACAGUUAAAAGUGUAUGGAAACAUUCAUUGUGCACUUAGUGUAGUGUUAGAAGUUAGUCUGCACACAGAAGACUGCACAAAAUACAGCUUAUUCCAUUUGAUGACAGAACUCAGCUCUGAUUUAAUGGUGAGGAAGACUCUGCCAUAGGAAGGAAUGUGAUUGAGAGAACUAUGGCAUAGCCUCAAAACCCGUAACAUGGGGCAGGAAAGCAGACAGCUCGUUAAAGCAAGUUACCAGUCUUAGUUACUUAGACGUUUUAAACAUGCAGUAGAAAAGAUGGGAGUGGGAAUAUGUUCCGAUUUGUUCCACAAACUGAGCUAGAAUCUAUUCACCCUGCUUAGAAUAGUCUGUGGAUUUUUUUAAGGCUACGGGGGAGGGAAUAAUAAAAAAAAGAAGCAAAGGAAGAGAAGCUGAGAACUCCAAAUGGUUUCUUGUUUUCUAGUACAAAAGAUGAUGCAACUCAGACUGCGUAUUUAUUAGGGAAUGGUAAUUAAUUUCUUACUGGGAACCUUUAGUAACACUUUUAAAUGUUCUUUUUUAUGACUGUAACUUCUAUAUUGGGGGGCAGGGUGGAGUCGUCUCAUUUUCUAGUGUUUGUUAGGAGUGUCUCAAAGCUGUUGAAUCAGUUGUCUAUUAUUUUUAAUAAUUUUAAUUGAUUUAUUUGACACUUCCUUCCUUAUUACUGAUACUGGUGAGGUUUAGUGCCCAAAAGUGCGCAGUCAACCAUAAUGUGUUUCUGAGCCAUUUAAGCUGCCCUUGUUCUUUUGCUCUGGACAAUAACCUUGUGAAUAGCUACAACCACCAGCACUGCACAUGCUGCUGCUUUGUUCUGUUCUUAAAUGGAGCUGCAUUCCUAGAGCUGGGUGACCCACCCAUCAUGAUACAGACUAAUUUCAGCCUUUCCUUCUUGUCUCUAAAUUAUGUCCUACUUAAGACUUUUGUUGCAGGCAGUUUGUUUCUUUUUCUUCUGUGGCUCUUUGUUGUUGGCUGGUUUGUAUCUUCUUUGCUUCUGUUUGCUUCUAGUGCUAUGACUGACCUCUCUGGUUUCUGCUUUCUAUUUGAAUGACUCAAUUUAAGCUCAGGAGGAAGGAUGGGAUGCUCAUGGCUGCACCACCUAACUCUUGCCCUCGAUCAGCUUAGACAUGCAUUCGCAUCGGUAUUUGCGAGCCUUCAGCUUCUCCUAGAGCCUCCAGCUGCUCCUAGCAAUGUCCGCUGGCUCUGCUGCCCACGCUUUUGUUAACAGGAAUGUUCUCAUCACGUUGAUGUACUCGCCUUGCUCUGGGUGUUGCCAUGUUACCUCGUUGUUUUGCAAUAAGUAUAUAAAGUUGUCAUUGUAGAUACGA